AAAGCCUUAAAUGAUAGACAGCCAAUAGCUAAACCACCCCCAUACUUUCCAUAUUCAUUCAAUCUCUAGUAACGACUUUUUUAAACAUUAUACGGAGUAUAAACCAAUAUACGUGACAAUUAUUUCCGACUAGACGCAAGUCAUCCCACCACCCACCCCCAGUCCCCACUAAAGCCAUGUUGUUGUCUACUACAAAGUACUAUUCAAACACACACUCCCUUUAUUGAUGUACCCUCAAUAAAUUAUCAAAUCAUGCCAAUUAUCACACUCUGCAACCAUGUACUAAACCAAUGACACCAUUCCCCUAAAAAAUUGAAUCCAUACAUUUAUACGUCUUAAUCAAGAAAAAUAAAGUAUAGUUGUAGCAAAAUCUAGUAAUAGAAGCAAUUUCAAGGACCCCACAAAAUAUAGAAACUUGUUGCUCCGUACAUCAAUUACUGCUGCAUUGAAAACUAAAGCACUUUGAAUCCUUUCUUCUUCUCAUCGUUCAUGGCACCCAGUGCUGCAGCAGCACAGCAGCAGCGCGCAGCAGCCCAGUAGAUGUGCAGCACCCAGCAUUGUAGCCUAGAUUUAUGCAAGUAGCGUUUUAUUACCUUCUAUCCCUUUAAUUAUUCUUGCAAAAUUCCAAAAACCCAAAUUUUUAAAUUUUAUCUUUCAUUGUUUCUUUUGCAUGGCACUGUCCCUUUCGUUUUCUCUGAUCAGAUUGUGGAUUUUGGAGUUUAGAGUAAGAAGACGAUGAUGGGGUCUAACAAUGGUUGGGAUGCUGAAGAGAUUUUUCAUAAGUAUUUGUACGAUUAUAUGGUGAAGAAGAACAUGCACAAGACUGCUGAGGUGUUCGCAAAAGAGGCAAAUGCUGAUAUUUGUUCUGUUGUUUCAGCAAUUGAUUCUCCUCAAGGCUUUUUAGCUGAAUGGUGGUCAAUCUUUCAUGAUGUGUAUUUCUAUAUGUAUCCUCAUCAUGCACAAACUACCGAGACAGUGUCAAACAAGGGCAAACAAGUAUCUGGAACCACUUCACAUAGUCCAUGUUCAGAGGCAUCAAAGUUUGUGAUCAAUCCACAAAGUUCUGUGCAGUUCCCAAUUGGUAGUCAUUGUGAUAACAUUUUAACACAACUGUCCCCAAAAACCUGUGACGGAGCAAAUCAUAAGCGAAUGACUAGAAAAAGUGAUACAAACUCGCAGAUCAAUACUGAAACCCGGGGUAGCUCCAAGUUAGCUGGAAACAGUCCAAGUAACUCUCAGCAAAAUUCCCAUAAACAAGUGCAACAGCGGCAAGAUAAAAAACGUGGUGCUAGUCAUGGAACCACUCCCAUCAGCUCAUCAACACAUGCAGAGGCCACAACAAUAGGGUCAGACAGUGUGCUCAACUCUGCACCGCUGAAAGGAUGGCCGCUGAUUGGCACUAAUCAGGUUUCUCCUCGUCUGGGGCAUCAGGUGUUAAAUUCAUAUCUGCAGUCAGCCCACAACCAGUCACAGGUUGACAUGCCCCUGUCCCAGAGUCAACAAGAGAUCUUUGCUCAGUUUCUGGCUAGUACAUCAGCAAAAACAUUGCCAUCUUUUCCACUGACUUCUGAUUUAGAUAUGCUUUUGAAAAACGGGAUAGACAGGACAUAUGGCCAGGAUGGCCGAGAUAAAGAAGCUAGCGAAAUAAAUGAAAGUGUUGACAUGUUCUUUUCACAAUAUGAUGAGCAUGGUGAUUACACUUAUGGUCCAUGCACUCCCCAUCAUUUGUCUGCGUCUUAUGUAAAAAAAGGGCAUACAGGUAUUUCUUUGACGGAAGUUGGAAGUCUCCAUGCAAGUAAAGCAAAAUUAUUCUCUUGCAAUUUUUCUCCGAAUGGAAAGUUGCUUGUUUGUGCUGGAUAUGAUAAGAAGGCUUUGAUCUGGAAUAUGGAUACUUUAGAAUACACCAGUUCUUUGGAAACCCAUGCUCAUCUGAUAACUGAUGUUCGGUUUCAUCCAAGCUCUGAGUUUUUUGCUACUUCUUCUUUUGACAAAACAGUGCAGAUAUGGGAUGUAGCUGGACCAAGCAAAUCAUUAUUUGCACUAGCUGGGCAUAGUGAUCAUGUGAUGUCACUGGAUUUUCACCCAAGAAAGAUGGACCUUUUGUGCUCAAGUGACAGCAAUGAUGAGAUUCGGUUUUGGGAUAUUAAGGCAUAUGCUUGUUUGCGAGUAUCCAAGGGAGCGAUCAGACAGGUUAGAUUCCAACCUCAGUUGGGAAGACUUUUGGCCACAGCUUCUGGAAAUGCUGUCAACAUAUUCAAUGUUGAGACUGGUGCUUUUGAGUUUGACUUGAAGGGACAUCAAUGUGAAGUGCGCUCUAUUUGCUGGGAUGUGACUGGAAAUUACUUGGCCUCUGUUAGUGAAGAAAGUGUGCGGCUGUGGUCAAUAGUGUCUGGUGGUAGAUGCAUCUAUGAAUUGCUUUCAAAGGGCCACAGCUUUCAGUCAUGCACCUUUCACCCAGGAGAUCCAAUGUUGUUGAUUAUAGGAAGUUACCAGUUCCUUGGUUUGUGGAAUCCUACACAAAGCAGCACAAUCAACACAAUUCAGGCACACAGCGGCCUCAUUUCUGCAUUGGCAAGCUCGCCAACGAUAGGAUUGAUAGCCUCAGCUAGUCAUGACCAGAGUGUUAAAUUAUGGAGAUAAAGAGCAGACAUCGCCACUUUGGAGUUUUUUUUGGGUGGUCUACUGUAAAUAACAAGGGCUCGUAGCAUGGUGAUUACUAAUUAGAAUGACAGACUAAAGUUUUUGUUGAAGUAAGUCGAGUAACGGGGAGGUUGAGUUGUGCUUUUGGAGACUCACAACUUGCCGUGGAAUUCGGAGGCUUAAGGAUGGAUAUACAAAAUCUUUUUGAAUGUAAGUUAACUGAAAGCUAAUUAAUUUGCAAAAAUAUGCAAAAAUUAUCAAAUGAAUGAUGCACCUAACGGUGGACUCUUUAGUCUAGAAUCUCUAAAUGUACAAAUUUCACAAGCCAUUGGGCAUCUUCGUAAAAAAGUAGGAAGAGAACAACUUUAUUUAAUUUUUGGCAAUGAGGACCAUCUUUAAAAUAUUCAUAUUCCUUGUUUUUCUGUUUUCGUAAAACGGAGUAUAUGAAUGUUUGAUCAAUUCACGCCUCCAAAAUCGGAACAUUCCAAACAAUAUAAUAGGCCGUCGCCAAUUCGCCAAAGCAACUAAUGCACACUAUAUAAUUUCUUGAUACUGCUACAUUCCUGCAGUAUACUCCAUUAAUGUGACACAUUCAACCAAUUAUUCAAUUUCAGGUACAUUCCUUUAUUUUUUUGAUUACUGCCAUUUCUGUUACAUUUACAGUUCUUUUCAAUAUUACUCGAAUUCUGCUUUGUUUGUUCUCCAUUCUUUGCUUCUUUUCAAGUACAGUGCCUUUUACUAAUUAUAUAAUAUAUAUAAUUAUUUUAUGGAUUAGUGUAGAACGAUUCCCACAUUUUAUAUGAAAUUUAGGUUCUUUUUUUUUUUUUUAGUUUAUUGUUGUUAUUUUUUUUUUUUGGUACUGAAUUUGUUAGGUUUAUUUAUUUUUGUUUGUGCCAAUACCCUUUUUAAUUUGGGACUUUUUGAAUCUUGCAAUAGUUUUUUCGCUUAAGUAUCAUAUAUAAGCAUUUCAUAAUUGCAUAAUGUCACCAUUAUUGAACUUUAGGUUUCUUAUUUAUUUAUGUAGCGUACCCUAAAUCUUAGAUGAAGCCUUGUUUAAGAGUCCUCUUUUGGCUUUAGGAGUAAGUAAUGUUUGUUGAUUGGGACUUCAGGGCACAAUUAUGUAACAGGAUCAUAUCUUGAAUCCGUAACAGAAUUGACAAUGCUCCUUACAGAAUUGACAAUCCGUAAGAAAAAUGAUCGAGUUGUUUUACUCCCUCUGCCAAUAAAUAAAGUUCGUGCUUUGAUUUGGCACGUUGAUUAAUUAUAUACUACGCGGGUGUUAAAUGUUACUGAAAAGAUUAGAAAUGAGCAGGUAGUGAUAAUUGUGUGAAAGUAUUAGGAUGGAAACAAAAAAAGGAAUGGUGGGAUUGAGAAAGAAAUGCUAGUACUUGACUAGGUGAAUUAUUAAUGUUAAGAUUAUCUUAGAACAUCCCAAUAAGGACAGUGUGACAAUGUUAAUGUAUCGAUAUUGGAGGGUCUAUCUGUGUAAUCGCAUAUCUAUUUUAUUUGUUGUUUGGUGACAGUCUUGCAUUGAAACAUUGUACUUUUCCAUUGCAGUGAGUUGAUAUCUAGGGGGUUUCUCCCUUUUUUUAUUGUAUGUUUUUAUUCUUUUUCGACUUCUCCCCAUUACAUAACCUGGAUCAUGAAGGUUCAUUGAAGAUUUUGAUUCUCUUCCACAUGACUAGCAUACGUCAAAAUGAUGAAAGUAAUGCAUAUACGAAUUGCUUAUAUUCAUUUAUUUUUCUUGUACAACUACGGUGUCAAUCUAGAAGGGAAAUUGUUUUCUGGUUGCCCUGUUCAAUCACCACAGCAUUGGGAAUUAUUGAUUAUUAACAACUGGUGUAUUGAAUAGAAUUGUUAUGCAGCUUUGAAUUUGGAUAUGAGUAUCUCCUAUGACUGUUUGGAGUUUAUAAGACCGUGGACAUUUAACAUAUUGCAAUAAAUU